AAAGUUGAGCGCCAGGCAUAUCUGUGUCACCGGCUUGGUCUGCUCAAACUGUGCCUUGACGACAAGGCCAGCAUGGUAACAGCGGGUCUUGGGAGGCGGCAACGUGUGACUGGGCGCUUGAACGAGUUGCUGGGGCCUGAUGAUGCGACAUGGCCUGGCCGCAUCGGGAUUGUGUCAACUGGGAGUAGCCGUUGCCUUGGUUUUGGCGAUUCGGCGGACGGGCGGACGGACGGACGGACGGACAAAGUGGCAACAGAGGCAUGUGAGAUGAAGAGCGUUGGGAAGGCGGGCAAUAGAAGUACACGAGAAGCAGUGAAAAAACUGCCUUCGAAGGUCAGCAGACAAGCGCAACCGGCAGACUUAGUCCAUUCAGCCAAACUGGCGAAAGAGGAGCGGCUGAAACCUGUCUGUCUGUUCGCUCGCCUGCCCGACCUCGCGGGCCAGAUCCUGCUCCAGCUCCAGAUCGAGAUCGAGAUCGAGAUCGAGAUCGAGAUCAGGAUCUACCUCAGCGUCAACACGCCCAUUCACAUUCGCCUCCACCGCCUGACCGACCAGACGGCCACUCGGAGUUUAGUCGCUUUGGCCAGCCUCUUCUGCAUGGCCAGUUUGCCGACAGUCCGCCGGUACAGGCUCCGCGUCCGAGCCGCCUUGCGCACGCCUCGGCGCUCCUUUUGA